AUGGCUGAAGCAGAACCCUCGGCCCAGGUCGGCACUGCCAUUGACGUCUUGCCGGCCAGUCUUGCACACAGAAUCAUGAAGCUUUUAGAAGGACAAGACUUCCUCACGUGGCUCCAGCAACUCCAGAAAGGUGUCGGCGACGCGGGCCUCCUAGCGUAUCUUGAGGACAGCGUCGCUCGGCCUGACAAGCCAGGCUGGGAACAGGUCGACUUCGACCGGAAGCGAGCGGUGGUCAACAACGUGAUAUUCGAAUCCCUGAACUCUGUCGUACAGAGGUCAGUGGCCGACAGGAUCAAUGGAAAUUUGAACACGGUUUCGCCUCGGGAUCUUGUUCGCAAGGUGAACUCCGACGUUAUCUGGCCAUCACUGUACUACUUGUACUUGUCGAGAUUCACGGCGUUCCCCAAACGAUACUCCCUUUCAGGCGGAGAGCGUGCUACGCUGAAGCGACUCCACGACGAAUGGGACCUCUUAAAGGCAUGCGAGCGAGGUGUGUCGGAUGAUGUCUACAUCAGCACCGUGAUGGGUUUGCUGGAUGAAACACCACACCAGAUCGCCUUCUUUAACGCCAUUAUCGGAGGCAUGCAGCAUUUCAGCCUCGCAGAGGCCGAAGUCCGGUCGUGGCUCAAGGUCAGGUUCAACGUUUUGGAUAUCUGA